UCGUUUUUCUCUUCCCUUCUCCUUCAAUUUGUUUGCUGGACUAAGAAAUCCGCUGGACGGUUUCGAUAUUCUCAAAUUCAGUUCAUUCGAUUCCACUCGAAGAACCCAUCGCACUUCCACCUACCGCUCUUUUACACCCGACGUUACCCUUCCCACGAAUAUCAUUCGCACCUACGUCUCAUGCGCUGCCAGCUCGCGCUUUUCGUUGGGCUCCUGUCCCUUGCCUAUGCGAUUCCAGUGGAGAUUCAGGUCGGCUCCGACACAAAAUCCGAGCUCUCUUCAGUGCUUGCACGUGGGGAUUCAACGAUACCACUAGCGCAACGAAAAGUGCUCGGCAGACACGAUACACUUGAUGCACGGGGUAUUCUCAGCUCUAUGCCUUUCACUGGGAAGACCAAACUCGCAGUGACAGUCACGAUCCCUGUCCAAGUACCUGAAGCUGCGAAAAAAAGGAUAAACAGCCUGAUCAAAGCAUUCCUCAAAGUUUACAGACCACUGUCAAACUUUGAGAUUGAGCUGAAGGACGAAGCGGACAGUUCCCAGAGGUCAGGCUCCGCAAAGUUCAAGGUAAAAUAGGCAGACAAAGUACAGGAGUGGGUUCUGGACUAUGCUGAUCCCAAAGGGCGCUUCACAAAAGUCCGAGGAUGAGUGAAGGAUACUUGGGGAUAUAAUAACAUUUCAAUUUCGUUGCGGACGCGUAUCUCGAAUUAUCUCGGGUUGGAAUUGAUUUCCACUGUUGAAUUUGAGCCUCCUUAAGAAUCAAAGCACUUCUUCGACAAUGGAGGAGAUACCCCCAAGACUAGUUCACAAAUCUCGAAAUCCACCUUGAGCGGUACGCCGAAAAUAUGACAC